AUGGGAUCUGAAUUGGGGGUUACCGCGGAGUCGAAGGAGGUGGCCACUUUAACUCCAGUGGCCAUCUGGUGGGCCUGCUGGGGUUGUGUAUGGACUCUUUUCGUCGCCCUGGGUGUCGCCUACCUAAUCAAACAUCGAGACUCGCCAACAGUCCGGAUUCGAGGUUUAGGCCUUGCGCUGUCCGCAAUUUUCUUUCUUCAUAUUUAUUUCUGGUCGGUACAAUGGGGGGUCAUGAUAGGUACGCUUAUGCCGGGAGAUGCCAUGUACUGGAUCAUGGGCACCUGGUUGCCUAUCGGAAUUUCUCUUUUCUACGCGGCCAACGGUCGUUUCCUUCAUAUCGCAAAGCUUCAAAAGAAAUACGCCUAUCCUUGCAGUCGUCUGUCCGUGCAGCCCGGUACAAAGCGCAAGGGAGGGUUAACCGGUCGCUUCCAACAUCUUGAUUAUUCUACAAAAAGUCUCGUCGUUGUUGGUGUUGCAAUGUUCAUCCAGAUUCUCCUUACUAUUGUCAUGUACCUCAUCUCUCGCAGAUUCCAUAGCACAUGGGGUAUUCCUGGCACUGAGGUUCACGGUACUCCCAUGGAAGUGAAGUCAGCACAGGGCAAAGGCUGGGAAUGGUGGCCUGGUGUUCUGUCGCAAGUCUUCUGGUGCUGGAUCGUCGCUCCCUACAUUCUCUGGAAGGCCCGUGAUAUCAACGAUACUCAGGGCUGGCGAACUCAAACCAUCGCCUGUGCGAUUGCUGGUCUUCCCGCGACUCCAUUGUGGCUCUGUGGCACCUACGUCGAUGCCAUGGCCUCCAUGAGUGCAGUUUGGCUUCCUCCUCAGUGGUUCUGUCUUGCCAUCAUGAUCAUGGAAAUCUUUACCAUCUUCCUUCCCUGCUGGGAGGUCAUGCACCGCCAAUCUCUCCGUCAGGAGACCCUCGAUGCGAUCGCACAAUGGGAAGCACGGAACAGGACUGGCGGCGAAGCCAAAUCUAUCGGCUCCGGUCCCACCGUGGUCGAAUCCAUCCUGUCCGGCUGGAAGUCCACCAAGGGCUCCGUGCGGUCCGACGCCUCCAAUGAAAGUAUUCUUACAAUGGGUGCCCUCGAAUACGUUCUCGAUCGCAACCCGGCCCCUCUCCAAGAAUUUUCUGCUCUCUGCGAAUUCUCUGGAGAGAAUAUCGCUUUCCUCACCGCUGUGGCCGAAUGGAAGAGCUCGCUGCCCGUGGCUCUUAAGGACAAGACUGCUCCCCGCGAUGAGAAGAUUCAGGAGCUUAUGCGUGAGCCUUUUAACCAUGCCUUGCAUCUAUACGCCGAAUAUAUCAGUCCCAGUCAUGCCGAAUUUCCUGUGAAUCUUGGCUUCCAAGUCCUGAAGAAACCGGAACAGAUCUUCGAGAAGCCCACUGCCAUUCUGUAUGGCGAACGCGAGGUUCCCGAGCCUGCCACUCCGUUUAGAGAAACCUUCAAUAUUGAUUCACCUGUGACGCCUUUUACAGGGGACUCUGAUAAGGGACUCAAAGACUCGGUAAAUGAGAUUAAGGACCUCGUACAAUACUGGGGUGAAAUCCCUGCCGAGUUCGAUGCCUCUGUUUUUGACGAAGCCGAGUCAAGCAUUAAAUACCUUGUUCUUACAAACACAUGGCCGAAGUUCAUUCGUAACCAUCGGGCUUCCAUUGGCUCAUCUGACUCAUCCACUAUUCUGGAGGCUGGUGAGAAUGUCGUUCGUCUACCUGAUGAGCGCUCCACCAAAUCAACAUAA